AUGGCUGCUUCCAAGAAUCAGCACCGGCAAAGCGGGCUGGUCCUAUUGUGUACGCUGGUGGGGACGCUGUGCCAGAUCGGGGUAGGACAGAUUCGCUACUCGGUUCCAGAAGAGACAGACAAAGGCACGGUCGUGGGUAAUGUCUCCAAGGACCUGGGACUGGAGUCGCGCGAUCUGGUCGAGGGAGGGGUCCGCAUCGUCUCCAGAGGUAGGUCGCAGCUUUUCUCUCUGAACCCGCGGAGCGGCAGCUUGGUCACCUCGGGCAGAAUAGAUAGGGAGGAGCUGUGCGCACAGAGUUCGCCCUGUCUUGUAAAUAUUAAUAUCCUAGUUGAGGACAAAGGAAAACUCUUUGGGGUAGAAAUCGAAAUAACUGAUAUUAACGAUAAUAAUCCGAAGUUCCAUGUUGAAGAGCUGGAAGUAAAAAUUAAUGAAAUCGCUGCCCCCGGAGCACGGUAUCCACUCCCAAAAGCAGUUGAUCCAGAUGUGGGCCUAAACUCCCUCCAGAGUUACCAGCUCAGCCCCAACCAACACUUCUCUCUGGAUAUGCAAAGGGGAGACCACGGUGCUAUAAAUCCAGAGCUGGUGCUGGAGCGCACCCUGGACCGAGAGGAAGAGCCCAUUCACCACCUGGUCCUCACCGCCUCCGAUGGUGGCGACCCGCGCCGCUCCAGCACAGCUCUCAUCCAGAUCACAGUGUUGGAUACAAACGACAAUGCCCCUGUUUUCGAGCAACCGCUUUACCGCGUGAAAGUCCUUGAGAACGUGGCCCCAGGCACCCUGCUUCUCACAGUAAGAGCUAGCGACCCUGAUGAAGGUGCCAAUGGGAAAGUGACAUAUAAAUUCCAGAAAAUUAAUGACAAACAAUCCCUGUUAUUCCAUCUUCAUGAAAAUACCGGAGAAAUAUCAGUAGCGAAAACUCUGGACUAUGAAGAAUGUUCAUUAUAUGAAAUGGAAAUACAGGCCGAAGAUGUGGGGGCGCUUCUGGGGAGAAGCAAAGUGAUAAUUAUGGUAGAAGAUGUAAACGACAAUCGGCCGGAAGUGACCAUUACAUCCUUAUUUAACCCAGUGUUGGAAAAUUCUCUUCCUGGUACAGUAAUUGCCUUCUUGAAUGUGCAUGACCGAGACUCUGGAAAGAACGGUCAAGUUGUCUGUUCCACACACGAGAACUUACCUUUUAAGUUAGAAAAGUCAAUAGAUAAUUAUUAUAGAUUGGUGACAUGGAAGUAUUUGGACCGAGAAAAGGUCUCUGUCUACAAUAUCACGGUGAUAGCUUCUGAUCUAGGAGCCCCACCUCUGUCUACUGAAACUUACAUUGCCCUGGUUGUGGCAGACACUAAUGACAACCCUCCUCGUUUUCCCCAUACAUCCUACACAGCCUACAUCCCAGAGAACAACCUGAGAGGUGCCUCCAUCUUCUCCUUGACUGCACAUGACCCUGACAGCCAGGAAAAUGCACAGGUCACUUAUUCUGUGUCUGAGGACACCAUCCAGGGAGCACCUCUGGCCUCUUACGUCUCCAUCAACUCAGACACUGGCGUCCUGUAUGCACUUCAAUCUUUUGACUUUGAGAAGAUCCAAGACUUGCAGUUUUGGAUUAUUGCCAGUGACAGCGGAAGCCCACCACUCAGCAGCAAUGUGUCACUGCGCUUGUUUGUAUUGGACCAGAAUGACAAUGCACCUGAGAUUCUAUACCCGGGACUCCCCACAGAUGGCUCCACUGGUGUGGAACUAGCACCCCGCUCUGCAGAGCCUGGAUACCUGGUGACCAAGGUGGUGGCAGUGGACAGAGACUCAGGACAGAAUGCAUGGCUGUCCUAUCGCCUGCUCAAGGCCAGCGAACCUGGGCUCUUCUCCGUGGGGCUGCACACAGGCGAGGUGCGCACAGCUAGGGUCCUGCUGGACAGAGAUGCACUCAAACAGAACCUGGUGAUAGCAGUGCAGGACCACGGCCAGCCUCCUCUCUCUGCCACUGUCACGCUCACCGUGGCCGUGGCUAACAGUAUCCCUGAAGUGUUGGCCGACUUGAGCAGCAUUAGGACCCCUGGGGCCCCAGAGGAUUCCGAUCUCACCCUCCACUUGGUGGUGGCAGUGGCCGUUGUCUCCUGCGUCUUUCUUGUCUUUGUCAUCGUCCUCCUAGCACUCAGGCUUCAACGCUGGCAGAAGUCUCGCCAGUUCCAGAGUUCCAGAGGCGGAUUGCCCCCUGCACCUCCCUCACAUUUUGUGGGCAUCGACGGGGUACAAGCUUUUCUGCAAACCUAUUCUCAUGAAGUCUCCCUCACUUCAGGCUCCCGGACAAGCCACAUUAUCUUUCCUCAGCCCAACUAUGCAGACAUGCUCAUUAACCAGGAAAGCAGUGAGAAAAAUGAUUCCUUACUAACAUCCAUAGAUUUCCCUGAGAGUAAGGAUGAAGGCGUGUGUGCUCUGGUAAGUCCGGGUCUCUUACUCUCAUAG